GCGCCUGGCGCAAGGCCUGCUGGGGCCGGAAGUGGGGCGCACGCUACGGGCCUGCAGUUAUGGCGGCGGCGUGGACCCGCAAGCGGCGCCUGGCGGAGCUGACGGUGGACGAGUUCCUGGCCUCGGGCUUUGAUUCCGAGUCCGACUCGGAGCCCGAAGGAGCCCCAGAGGCGGAGACGCGGGCGGCGCGCGGAGCGACCCGGAGCCCGGAUGGGCCAGGUGGGAGUUCCUUGGCCAGCCGGCGUAAGGGCCGUGCGUCUGAGCACAAGGACCAGCUCUCUCGACUGAAGGACAAAGACCCUGAGUUCUACGAGUUCCUGCAGGAGAAUGACCAGAGCCUGCUGAACUUUAGUGAUUCGGACAGCUCUGAGGGCGAGGAGGAGCAGCUCCACUCCCUGCCCGACGCGCUGGAGGAGGCGAGCGAGGAGGAAGAUGAGGAGGACGGGGCCCCCAGAGGGCCUAUGGGGAGGAGGAGGGGCUCUGCCUCUGUGACGCUCGCCACGGUUGAGAGAUGGACGCAGGCGGCGAAGCAGCACCUCACUCCAAAGCUAUUCCACGAAGUUGUGCAGGCGUUUCGAGCAGCCGUGGCCACCGCCCAAGGAGAACAGGAAGGCACUGAGACCAGCAAGUUCCAGGUCACGGACAGUGCUGUGUUCAACGCUCUGGUCACUUUCUGCAUCAGAGAUCUCUUUGGCUGUCUCCAGGAGCUGCUGUUUAGAAAAGCCCCGAAGGACAGUAGCAGGGUGCGGCAGCCAUCCAGCAGCCCGCUGUGGGGGAAGCUCCGGCUAGACAUCAAGGCUUACCUGAGCUCCGUCACACAGCUGGUGGUCUGUGUGGCAGAGACGACAGUAGCGGCGGCCGUCCUCCAGCACGUCAGCAGCUCCGUGCCCUACUACCUGACCUUCCCCAAGCAGUGCCGCAUGCUGCUCAAGAGGAUGGUGGUCCUGUGGGGCACGGGUGAGGAGACGCUGCGUGUGCUGGCCUUCCUGGUGCUCGUCAAGGUCUGCCGGCACAAGAAGGACGUCUUCCUGAGCCCCGUCCUCAAGCAAAUGUACAUCACGUACGUGAGGAACUGCAGGUUCACCUCCCCCAGCACCCUGCCCCUCGUCAACUUCAUGCAGCGGACUCUGACAGAGCUGCUGGCCCUGGAUGCGGGCGUUGCCUAUCAGCACGCAUUCCUCUACAUCCGCCAGCUCGCCAUCCACCUGCGCAAUGCCAUGACCACGCGCAAGAAGGAGACGCGCCAGUCCGUGUACAGCUGGCAGUUCGUCCACUGCCUCCACCUGUGGGGCCGCGCCCUCAGCACCAUCUGCCCCAGUGAAGCUCUGCAGCCGUUGAUCUACCCCCUGUCCCAGGUUGUCAUCGGUUGCAUCAAGCUGGUCCCCACGGCCCGCUUCUACCCGCUGCGCAUGCACUGCGUGCGCACCCUGACACUGCUCUCGGAGAGCACAGGCACCUUCAUCCCGGUGCUGCCCUUCAUCCUUGAGAUUUUCCAGCAGGUCGACUUCAACAGGAGGCCGGGGCGCAUGAGCUCCAGGCCCAUCAACUUUGCUGUGAUCCUGAAGCUGUCCAAGGUCAACCUGCAGGAGAAGGCGUACCGGGAUGGCCUGGUGGAGCAGCUGUACGACCUCAGCCUGGAGUACCUGCACGGUCAGGCCCACAGCAUUGCAUUCCCCGAGCUGGCGCUGCCCGCUGUCUUGCAGCUGAAAUCCUUCCUCCGGGAGUGCAAGGUGGCCAACUACUGCCGUCAGGUGCGCCAGCUGCUCGAGAAGGUGCAGGAGAACGCAGAACACAUCCGCAGGCUCCGCCAGAGGGUCUCCUUCGGCGUGUCCGACCAGCGUGCAGUGGAUGCCUGGGAGAAGCGAACCCGGGAGGAGGGGACCCCGCUCACGAAGUACUACAGCCAGUGGCGGAAGCUGAGGGACCGUGAGAUCCAGCUGGAGAUCAGUGGCAAAGAGCGGCUGGAAGAUUUGAACUUCCCAGAGGUAAAGCGCCGCAAGGUGGCGGACAGGAAGAGUGAGGACAGAGCAGAAUUCAAGGACCUCUUUGAUCUGGACGUCGCUGAGGACGCCGACGCCGAGGACGCCGACGCCGCCCCCGACUUCCCAGAGAGAGGGACGCCUGGGUCCCCAGGAGCUUGGCAGAGGGUGGAGGAAGUCAGCGGCUCAGAGGAUGGAAACCCAGACACAGAGGCGGGGCCGGACCCCCAGGAGCCGUGGCGGCUGGCCCAGGGGCCGGAGGAUGAGCUGCAGGAUCUAGAGCUCUCCGAGGACGAGGACGACUGAGGGCUGCCCGCCUGGAGCCUUGUGGGGGGCUGCUGCAUGGCGUUCCCAACCUCACUAGGCAGUCAGGUGUGCUGCUUCCUGGCUGCGGCUGAGCCGAGGCCCUGGGGUCUGUGCCCACGCAGGGCGUAGAUGGUGGAUAGGGCUUUAUUUUUACAACAUAAGAGACCAGAAAGGACCAAGUGCUGUUCCAAGUCUUGGAGUGGCGGCCAUAAACCACCGUGGGGCUGGCCUCCUGCCGCAGCUUAUGGUGGCGGGUGAGACGCACCUACCCCGUGAAGGUGCCGACCUGGAGUGGGGCUCUGCCCGGCGUUGGCACGCGGUCAUGCCGUGCGCACGGCCAACGCUGCAGGGCCUGGGGUGCGCCUGCGCCUUCUCCAUCUCUGCUUUGUCCGCAGCCACCCAGCGUGCAGCACCCCCGCCCCGUGCCUGGGUUCAGUCCCCACGCGGUCUGCACCAGGCCCUGCAGGCACCCGCAGAGAGUCUUUGGAAACUCAUUCUUUUCCUCUUAAAUCAUGUGUUUUCAUUUUAAAAA